AUGAGCUCUAGAAAAACUUCAACGACGACCUCGACUCAGUCUUCGAAUACUAAGAGCCCCGUAAAAUCAGGAACCAGCUCUUCCAGCUUGGAAAGAAGCACCACCACAAAGUCGUUGUCGACGGAGAUUACAAACAGCUCAAAACAAUCGCUAUCUACGACUUUCGCUUUGACAAAAGCCCUCCCCAUCUCAGAAGAGUCACAUCUCCCAACCUCAACUUCUAAGGCUCUAACCAGUUCAGACAAGUCGUCCACCACGACUCCCACAUCGAAGGCUACAACUAGCUCAGAAAAAUCAUUCACCUCAACUUCCACUUCGUCUGAACCUCUAACAAGCUCCGGAAAGUCAUCCACCACAACUGUCGCUUCGAAGACUCCAACCAGCUCGGAAAAGUCAUCAACCCCGACCUCCGUUUUGACUGAGUCCCCAACCAGUUCGUACAAAUCAUCCACCAAAUCUUCCACUUCGACAAAGUCUCCAACCAGUUCAGACAAGUCAUUCACCACGACUCCCACUUCGAUAAAAGUUUACCCAAGCUCUAAAAAUUCAUCUCCCGAAACUCCCACUUCAACCAGGGGCACAAUCAGCUCAGAAAAAUCAUCCACCAAAACAUCCACUUCGACAAAGCCUCCAACAAGUUCAGACAAGUCAUCCACCACGACUCCCACAUCUGAGGAUACAACCAACUCAGUAAAGCCAUUCACCACAGGCUCCAUUUCGACCAAAGCUCAAAUCAGCUCAGAAACACCCUCAUCUACGACUCCCACAACGCCGAAGGCUCUCCCCAGUUCAGAGAUGUCGUCAUCUACUUCUACUUCAUCCACCACUUCUUCAACUUUGACUUCCGAAACCGCACCACAGAGCUCGAAUAACGCAGGUUCUGAGCCAACGAAAACGUCUAAAGCUACUUCGAAAUCCGAUAGCGCCAUUACUCACUCAACGUUCUCUGCGAGGGAAAAGUCAACUAAUUCGAAAGAACCCAUGAAAAACUCCGAAGCUAUGACAACAACUACUACACCGCCAACGAAGGCCACGACCUCCAUUAAGUCCAAAAGCACCGUUUCUCAUUCAACCACGUCUAAGACUGAAGAGGCCAAACUCUCCACGAAGUCCGAAGCUUCAAGCUCGGCCGCAGUCUCAGAAAAACCCGUGAAGAGCAGUAAGACCCGGAAAACUUCCCCGAAACCCGAGAAGAUUGAAAGCACCACCGCUACCACUGUGUCAAAAAAAUCCACAGCAAAGUCAAAAACGGUCAAGAAGUCAGAAACGUCCAAAACCACCACGUCGGCAUCAAAAAGACCUACAGGAACGUCUAACACUGUGAAGAAGACUGAAAAGAUCAGCAUCACCUCCAAGUCCACCAAGAAGCCCACGACGUCCUCCAAGUCGACGUCGUCUUCCACGAAAUCACAGAAGACACCGAAACAGAAGUCUACGAUCAAUUCCAAGACUUCGCAAAAAACUAGGAGCCCAUCGUCGACAACCCAGAAAUUUGCGCCAUCGACGACCGCAUCUUCCCAAAAGCCAAUUAUAAAGACGGGAACCGCUUCUAGGUGAGAAAGAUGCACUGAAACUCGAAAUGCAAUGUGGAAGCUUCUAGGACAACGACGACUGACAUGAAGACCACGAACAAAAAAGUGAGGACGACUGGCACGAGCUCGACCGGCGGAGAAUCCACCACAAGCCAGCUCGGUACCACAAUCCAACCAACAUAACUUCUCAAACAGUAUUUUUCAGACACAGCAACUUUAACCACGAUUGCUUGCCCUGAAGAAGCCUUCGAAGGUCCCGAAUUCUGCUAUCGCUUGGUUCCAGACGGCAACAGGCAUUUUUUCUUUUUGCUUUGUCUCAGUUUAUUUCCUACUUGCUUUUUUUAAAUCUUUCCCAUUUCCAGGAACAAAUCGUACAUCCGCGUGAAAUCCGCAUGCAACGCUAUUUUCGGAGAACAAUCUUCAAUCAUCAAUCUUUAUGAAUUCUUCAACAUGGCCACCUUGAACAUUUUCAAAAAUCUCACGUUGGUUUUUCUCUUUUAAAAAUAUGAUUGGUUACUCAUUCUCUAUGAAAAAAUCUUUGUGGUUCUAGACAAUUUCAUAAAAAAAAAUUAAAAAAAAAAAUUAUGUGAAAAAAGAAAAGAAAAAAAGGUUGACUUACUUUCAGAGCGGAGAAAAAAACGACCGUUUUCUGGAUCGAUAACGGAGGCUCGAAGCUCCAGCGAAGCGGAAAACUUGUUCAAGUCUACAGCUCAUUCGCGCCAAACUUCUUCAGAGGCGUAGGAAUCGAAACCGUCCCGCUUGGAACCAUCGACCCGACCGUCGGAGGAAUUUGUAAGACUCCCAGUGAGUUAAUAUUCCAUUUUAUUCCGUUUCCUAAGACCAGUUUUUCUUUUUGAUUUCAUAUAAGCUUGCUUCUUAUUCUUUAAUUUCUCAAACAACAGCAAACAGUUUGAAUACUGGAUUGGAUUCUCUGCUUUUUAGAAAAAACCACUAUUUUUCCAAAAUAUAUUUUUUUCUCAAAUUUUGUGAAAUCUUUGACUGAUCCUCAGAACCUUCAAUGCAACGUUCAAAAAUAAAUAUAAAAUGGUUGCAAAAUGGAAAAAUUGACCUCGAAAUUUUUUUAUUCUUUUUAUUUCUUUAUUGCUCGUAAUUUUCGUUGCUUCAGUUGCAGCCGGCUGCACGAGGUGCAUUUUUGAAUUACGCGCAAUGAUAGAUAAAAUAUUUUUUUCACAAAAAUAAUUUUUUUCCAGUGAAGUAAAAUUUUUUUAAAGUAAUGUUUCUUUUUAAUUCGUUUCAGAAUAUGCAAAGCGAUUGCAGUGCACCUCUAAUACUUUCUAUGAAGUUUUCGAUUUGCGCGGCAAAAUGAAUCUUCCUCCAGCAGGACUGAUCUUCGCUGCCGGCUAUAGGAUGCAGUUAGUUUGAUAAAAAUGUAUACAAUAUUGGUAAUGCUAUAAACAAUAUUUGAAGCUACAGUUUUAAAAAAAGAUAUGCGUUCAAGAAAAAAAAUAUUUUUAGACUAACAAAAAUCGCAAUAAUUUCGAUACGAAGUUUUUAAAAAAAUUUUUGGUAUAUUACUAAUAUUACCAAUAUUAUUAAGAUAUUAGCAGAAUUUUCCCGAACUAUGUAAAAAAAAAACCAGAUUCCAGACUCUCAAGCUUUUUGCUUACUUUUCAUGAUUCUUAAUGUUUAUCACAUAAUUGAGAGCACAGGUAUUUGUGGUCAAUUUAUAACGAAGUGAUAAAGCCCUUGUAGUAAAAUCUGAAUAGUUUUCUCAAGAGCACGCUACAAGCUUCCUUCCUAUAGUGAUUAUUUCAAAAGAAAAAUACUCAUCUAGUUUUAAAUUUUUCGUUUGUUUUAAAGGUUGGAGUGUGCCCUCCCGAACACUUACUAUCCGAAAUGGGAUUUUCUCUGCACUCCACGUGGUUUGUGGAAGCCGCACCCGGACUACGUCAAUUGCUCUCAGAGAAGUGCGUUAACAAACAAGAAAAAAUGGAACUUUCAGGGAUUUUUUUGAACCUUCCUACCUGCGAAAAUUGAACAUAAAAAUCUAUGUUUAAAAAAGGUUAUUUUCACAUAUUUUCGUUUGAGAUCAUUUUAAAUCUUAAAACGGGCUUAUUAGUGAAGAAGAGAAACCUCGAAGAACUUUGAAAUAAAAAAAGGAGCAUUUUAUUAGUCUAUUUUAAUACGAUUUCUGAGGUUUAAGUUGAUUCUGGGCUCUUCAGAGAAAUCGGGCUAACACUAACCUACAUAAGUCUAUUUUCGGGAAAGUGCAAUACCAACGUUUUAAAUUGGACCAUUUAACACUGUCGGAAGAUUUUCUCAGACUUUGAAUUCAGAAAAUGAGAAAGUUGUGCAGGUUGACACUUUCAAGAUCUUCAUGAGAAUUUAAAUUUCUUCAGAAAAUUGCAGAAAAACAAUGACAAUAUUCGUCCAUUUAUCUACAGGAGGGACGCCGUUCGAAGAUUCUCCACGUGGUCCGCUAUACGGAAAAGAACAAAGCAGUUGCAACAACUGUUUAAUGGAAGGAACUGAAAGCUGCAACUCGACGGAAAGUGGCAAGUUCGUCUGCAUCUGCAAGCCCGGAUGGAUGGUGAGUUCAACAUAAAAAAAAGGAUUAUUUCGAAGUUUUUUAAAAUGGCUCUCAUUUGGAAUGCUUAUGAAAAUUCUCUGUUAUCUUAUGGUAAGCCAAAGUGAUCCCUAGAGAGUUUGGGGAGCUUGAACGGUCGCCUUCAAGAACCACCUUAACUCACUUUAGAAGAGACGCUAAAGCUUGCAAAAGUUGCCACUCUAGGGGUUGUUUAUUAUUUUUUAUUGGAACUCGGAGGGGCUUAGGGGUCCGAGAACCAGCUAAAUUUCACCUUUUUAUUUUGACCCCUAUAAGGGUCUUUUGUAUCCAUAACCCCUCUAGACGUUCCUAAAAAAGUUUGAGUUCAAAAAAAGCAUUCCUAAGUCUAAUGUUAUCAGAAACGAUUUUUGAAAGGUUUCCUCUAGUUUUUAACAAGUAAAUGUGAAAUUAACCUACAUGUGAUGAGAAGUUUUUCAUCAGGGGUUCCGAUGCCAACGUACUCCGUUAUACUGCGGAGACGACAAGCAGGCGGCGCAGCUCUGUCGGAUGGGGUUUCUUUUUUUUUUUACUUGUUUGAAUUUUGAAACAGACUUCCACAAAAGGUUUUUUCGAAAUUUCCUUCGUUUUGAGCUCUUUCCUUAUAUACUCUUGUAUAUACCCGAUUCAAGACUAGAUUUGGGCCCAAAGGGGCGUGGCCUGUCUGCGCUUUUUUUUUGUCAGCACCCUUUUUCAAUGACUCAAGCCCUGAACCAGCCAUACUGAAGAGAAAUAGUCAUUUUAUUUUUCGGUUGACAAUUUCCUUAAAUUUGGCCAAGAAACUUCUUGGUGUACUAUGAAAAGAUUCAGAAAGCCACAACCUGUACAACUUUCUAGUUUUCAAAAAAUUAAGGUUCAAAGCCCCAAAAUAGUCAAUUUUUACGCUUUUUGAGGAGUUUCAAGGUGUCCUUUCUCCAAAUCUGAGUAGUUGAGCAGGUUGAAAUUUUCAGGAUCCAUUUCUGGUACAUCAAGUAGUGUUCUGGUUAAUAUUUAGAAAAAUCUUUAGGAAAACCUAUCGCAAGGUGAAUGAUCUUCUUCUGAGAAAAACGAAUACUAAAGUUUUCUCGUCUCUUUUUUUAACGAAUUUCGGGAAACUAUCGUUUAACAGCUUUAUUUUUUAAGCCGUUGCGUCAACGAGAGAAACGGCUACAAAUGUAUCUGCAAAUACGGCGUUGGAGGCUCGCAUUGUACGCUCAACAGAACCGUUUUUGAAUGGAAUUCCGUAUGUUUUUUUUUCGAUGCGUCAUAGUCUGUGUGCCACGACUUGAAAUUUCACGGCACGACAUUCCGCUAUUCUGCUGCGUGCGUUCGCGAAGCGUCUUUCGAAUCUAGGUCACGCUUUCAAUUGAUUGUUAAUGCUUUGGGAAUUAGAGUACCUUAAUAAAAGAAAAAUAAAAUAAAAGCGCGCAGCGGCACAGCGGAAUGUCGUUCGGUGAAAUUCCAAGUCGUGACUAUAACACAUUUUCACUUUGUAAGCUUACAGGAACAAAAUGACCAGAAAACCUUCAUAGGUUUUUUUCCCUCACACUGUAAAAAAUUUCAGAAAAUUUUGCCUAAAGUCAGUGUCAAUUGGACCAUGCUACGUAUUAAUUAUUGAAGAAGAUCUCAACAAAACCUUGUUCUCAUUGCUUCGGACUUUGCAGGAGGGAUGGCUCUCCUCGACGCAGGCCGCUUCGAUGACGUCGGUCGUGUCUCUGGUCUCCUGGUUCUUCUGCUUCAAUUAUGUCGCGCAGAGCGAUAGGAACUUCAAUUCUUUGGUUUGUAACACCAAGAUAUCUCAUAAACUGUGGGAAAAUAGUUAUCAUCAAGGCCUAGAAAUUGCGCUUUUCUUAGGAGUUUUUCGUGUUUUUUAUACAAAGUUCCAUAUUUUGCUAGGAAACGUCGCAUUUUUCAUCGAGUGUUCCUUGCAUUUGCGAUUUUUUUUUGAGUAGUUAUCAUCCGAUCUGUGGUUCAGGAUCGCCAAGCGACCGUGCAACUCCUCCGUGGCUGGGCGACUCUCACCAUGCAGACCAUAUUCGCCUUUUUCAGACAUCCGGCCAUGUUCGACACUUCGACGUCCUGCGGGAUCAUGUACUUUAUAUUCACGUGGAUGCAUGUCACUGGUUCGUUUGACAUAUUGCAUAUUAAAAAAAAAAACAAUAGAAAAAUCGGAAAACCCCAUUUCUCAAUCGAUUUCCUUCAAGCUUUAGCAAUCUUAGAUACUUGAAAGAGAGUCCAAAUUAUAUAGUGAAUCCUUCCCGACUUGGAAGGCGAGAUGGGUAGAUUGGCAAUGGGGAAGCGUUGCCUGUGCGACGCGGCUUUUCGCGGAAAGCUCGAGGUCAAACUCAGUCGAGAAAAAAUGUUGAAAAAAUAAUUUCACUGAAAAAACAGAGUUGACUAUAAAGGAUAACUUUCAGUUGAUCGUUUGACCUUCCGAGAACGGAGAAAAAAAGUUGUGAUACCAAGUAAAAUCAUGGAAAGAUUCAGAAUAUCCAUUUUUUUUUAGAGCUAGCAGUGAUCGAACUAUGAAAAAAAAAAGAAACAGGAAAGUCGAAAAAUGGCUAUUUCCAGUUUGCCUCCUGUUCGCGGUCGAGUCGAUUUCCUACGGAAGCUUGCUAAUGAACAAGCAUCGGAACGGAUUUCACAGCUGGGACGGCCUUCACACUUCCGCCCUAACUUAUAUGGUUCACUUUUGAUUUUAAUUGCGAGAAAAAUCACGCUUUUUAGGCUUUUAAUCUUGAUUCAAUUCCUUAAUUUUACGAAAUUCUAUGCUUUAUUGGCUUUAAUUGAUAUUUGAAGAUUUCUCAGAAGUCAAAUCUGGAACAAUUUGUGAAUAAAGUUCAAUGAGAAACAGUUUUUUAUUGAUCUCUGUUUCAGUUUCUAUUGGCCGGGCCUUUUUUUCGUCGGCUUCCUUUGGGCCGGAACGAUCGUAUUCGUGUCUGCCGGAACUCUGAAUUCAGUUCUGUUUUGUUUUCAAUUUUUGGAGAUCAAUUUUAGACCUGAGAAAAAAGAUUUAAACAUGAGGUUUGUGUUUAAAUUCAGAAAAAUCAUAAAAAUAAAAUUUCAUUUUUUUGUAGAGACUUUCAGGAAUAUUUUUCAAUAAGAUCAAUUUUUGAGAUUUUCAUUUCGUUCCGGAAAAUUCAAAAUGAAGUAUAGUCUGAUCCCCGCAACUUGAAAUUUUCCGCCUGUCUGCGUCUCUCUGUUCCCUCACCGCGCGAGGUCAGAGAAACACGAAAACAGAACGUAAAUAUGAGAGAGACGAGGAGAGCGCAGAGAAUUCUCACCUUUUGAAUUCGCGAAAAAUAGACUAUAAAAGUUUCUUUCAACAACGAGAUAUUGAAGGCAGCAAGUUCUUGGUCCUGCGUCGGCUGGAACGUCGACACUAUUGACGCGAAUUUGUACCUUAUCCCAAUUAUUCUACUGCCGGCGUUUGGCUUCAAGAAGUUUGCGGAGUCGUUGUCGUGAGUCCAAGCAACUUUUUUACUCGAGCAUCAAAAAUCGAUAAAUGGUGAAUUUUUCAAACUUUUUUAUUUGCUCCAAUCCUUUCAUGGCAAUAUAGUCUUUCCCACAAGAGACAGUGACGUUUUUAAACACAUAUUUAAUUAUAAAAAAAGGUAUCUGAAACCCAAUUUUUUUUUGAUCUUUCGCUUCAAGACCCUUCAAAGAAAGUAUGGAAACAAAGACUUCGAAGCGAGAUUUUGUAUAUUCUGUCUACAUUUUGAAUUUCAAAUUCAAGGGUGUCAUUUGAAAAUGCUCUGUGCAUGGCUCGCUCUUUGAUUGGUUUGUCGCACCUUUAGAGGCGGAGCUUAGGCUUGAAGCUUGAAAAACGCCUAAGCUUGAAAUUCAAAAACUGAAUAGACUAUCAACUGUUAAAAAAGGGACGAGCUGGCGGGAAAAACCCUAUCAGAAACUUGGCUAGCUGAUGAGAGAAAAUUAUGGAAAAUCUAGAAAUGAAAGAUCUAACAGAGCUUUUCUGCAGAACCGUGCGUGUUCAGUUCCGCGAGCGGCUUCGAGCGUGGUUUGCCGUUUAUUCUCCGAGAAACAUAGAUUUUUAUUCUAGAGUGAGUGGCAAUUUUCCGAAAGAGCGGAUAGAAAAGAAAAGUCCAUGUUUUCGUGUUCAAGAAGUUAAUAAAAAUUGAAUUUCGGGCUUUUUGAUCUUGGAUUUCCCUUAUUUUUUCCGCAAAUGAUUAAAGCAGAAAAGUAAGAAGUUGAGGUGCUUCGUAAUGGCCCUCUGCUGGAUAUCAUGCCGUUUGCGUCAGCGUUGCAAUAUUGGGCCAUGGUGCGAAAUGCCGCCGAGCCCGAGGACGAUUUUUACAGGACGUAUGUCCACAAAAAUCAAAAUAUUGAAAGUUGAAUUUAAUAAAAAAAAUAAUAGAUCGCUCGGAUUUGAAGAUAAUUUUGAAGACUCAAAAUUUUUUCGUUAGAAUUUUUGAGCCUUUCUAGUGAGCACUUAAAAGCGUAGGGUCUGCUAAAGGGAUCACUAAAAAUCUCUAAAACGUCCGGUUUGCGUUAUCAAGGUCCGAGAGGUUUGAAUAUUGGUAAAUUCGAAAUAACAGAGUUAUCCAUUACAAGGUGACAACUUCAUUCCUUACCAGAGAAGAUUGGUUAGAGAAGAUUCCUUUAUAAUUAUUACGUUCAUAUCUUUACACAAACUCUUGUAAUAAUUGGAUAGUAAGGUCAAGAAGGGAAGCUUUUCACUAAUCCUCGCUUUUCCAUAUGCAAAUUUAAGAAAAAAACGCUUUUUUGAUCACACUCUUUUGUAUGGAGUUCAAUCUUUCUGGAAUAUCCUGUAGUUGUGAUGACUGUUAUUUUUAACACUGUGAUGGAAUUUAAGUUAGUAGAAAAAAAAAAACUCGCAAUUUUAUAGAGUUUCGAAAAGAUUAGAGCCCCGUACGAGGAAGUUUUGAGCAAAAAAAAUUUUUCGUACCUUUCCUGACGGUAGCGUAAUAGCUCUAUUACAUUUUUAAGACAGUUUUCCCUUUUUUCCUGCUGUUUUCAAUAAAUUAUGAUAAAUUAAAUUCCCAAGCCCUAAUUAAAUUUCAAUAUCCCAAGGUUCGCCGCGUUGGCGAUCACCGUCAACAUUCUGCUCCAUUGGCUUCAGUUUCUCGUCACGGCACCGCCUGUAAGAAAGAGAAACAUUUAAAAUAAAGUUUAUAAAUAACUCAUUUGAAGCAGAAGUCCCAAUAAAAACUUGAAAAAAAGCCGCCAAAACAUUAUCUCUUCCUCAAUUUUCAAAAACCAUGACUACUUUUUGGAUUUCAAAUUUAUUUCUGCUUUUCAGUCAAAAUAUUUUGCUCAGAAUUGCUCAUCAUGACCUUCGAAUAUCUACUUUUCGUAGCACAAUCCAAAAAGAUAAUUUUAAGUUUUGGUCGUGGACGUGUAAUCGGUUGAUGAUUCACCUUCCAGCGCACCUGGCACCCAAAUUUAACACUGUUCUUCGUUGGACGCGAGAAGAAGUAAUUUUAUCAAUUUAUUUGAUGUUUUUGUAUUCAAAGCUGUUCGAAAAAAAUGCGAGCCUGAAGUUAAUUUUUAUAAAAUUUUUGAUUUUUUUAAUCAGAAAGAUCGAAUCGAAGUCAUAAAUUUUUCUUACCAGAUUUUUUUCGAAGAUGAAAUCGACAAAUUAAUGAAAAAAACAUAACUGAUUUUUUCAGAAGCUUUGCGGGCAGAGAAAAAAACGAACUCAAAGCUAUCAAGUUUUUGAAUGUAUAAAUUUCCAUCACGUAUAUAUCAUUUCUGGAAACGUGUGAACAUCUGUACGAAAUGUUUAGAUAUCAAGUUCUAACUUGAAUUAAAAUUCCAUUGAUCAGGUCCUAUGCUGGCUCGCGCCGAAAAAGUUUGCGCGAGAGUUCGAGGAAAAGCUGGAGCUUGAAAACAAGCGGCGGAAAACGCAAAUCGAGGAAGCCAUCAGAAAACGCGAAAAAAUGCUCGAAAUGGUCUGAAGAUUGAACUUCUAUCUCCAAUUAGUUUGAAAGUGUUCAUGUUCAGUGCCCAUCGAUGAACAAACGGUAUCUCCCAGCGGUUCCGGUUUUUUUGGCCGCAGAAGCUCCGUCGGAGGUAUUCAUUUCAAUACGUUCUGAAAGGGCGCGUUCGAACAAUCUUAGGCGCCGAAAAUAACGUUUCUUAAUAAGUAGGAUAUUUUUGAAGCUAUGGCUUUUUUUUUAACAGAUUAGCUAUUUACGAGUCUACGUCUGUAUCUUCCUAUUUCCCAGCAAUUGACCAAACUGACUCCGAACGGAAUCGAAAGGCCGGAAGAUUACCUCUCGGAUCACACCUUAGAAAUUAUACAAACAAGGUUCUUCGUGAGAUACAUCCGCGAGAGGCUCAACAGUCGGUGCGAGAAAAUGCACUGUGCGUUUGUAAGUCUAAUGGAGGAUUUACUUGGUCUGAAUCGGGUUUUCAAGCGGAUAGUGGCUGAUGAAUGGACGUCAGUCUACUACGAACAACACACAGUAGCUCGUCAUCAACUCAUCAGACUCUUCAAAGAGUGCUGCGACACGGUUCGCGAGAACGAUAACCUUCUUUUUGAAGGCGAGAAGCCGGGAAUGGAUCCUCUAAAGGUUCGGAAAUCUUGAAAUACGUAUCUUGAAUGGUGAGGGUGAAACUUUGCGAACGCGAAGCGGCUUUUGGCGGGGAAAUUAAAUUCAAACGGUACCCGCCUUUUUUUGGUUUUAGUUUUUUGAUAUUUUUUUAAGAAAUUUUUCUUGAGCUUUUUAAAAAAAUUUAGUUUAACUUAAUAGAAUUUUUUUCUGCGUUUUUUUCGAUUACCUCGACUUUCUCUCUGAAGCCGCGACGCGAACGCCCCGCUUCACCCUGCGCAUCUACCCAUCUCGCUUUUCAAGUCGCGAAAAAUCGAUUUUUUUUUUUAAAUGUUGACUUUAGACUCAGUUUUAUUAAUUUUCCAGAGUACAUCGUCGUCCGAUACAGUUAUAAAAUCUUAAUCAAUUUUAGUUGAAAGGAAAGAUAAUAUUAGCGUUAAGAAUCGGAAUCCCCUAUAAUUUUCUUUAAAAAUUCUUCGAUUUACUGGCCGUGGUCACGUGUUAAACGAAAACUUUCAGAAUUCAUAACUUUAUAACGAAAAACUCGCGUAGGUCGAGACUAUGCGGGAUUAAUACCAGGUCAAUCUGAGCUUGUGAACAAAUAUACAGAAAUUUCCAAACCCUACGCUAAAAUGACCUCGCAUACGAAAAACAGACUAUCAUUUUUAUCGUAUUAGAUGAACCCACCGCUGGCCAAGUGCUUCGAGAUCACGAAGAGAUGGAAGCGAAGAAAGGAAGCGCCACCGGCCAACAGCAAAGAAGCCGAGGUCACAAAUCACCCCAAAAGAUGACUUGUUACUCGGAAAGUAUUUCAGGAAAAGUACGAGAAGUUGCUGGAGUCAAUAGGCUUCCGUUAUCCUGUGGGCGACUUCACGUCGUUCUACUAUGCCGACGCGGUUCUUCAUUCUUUUCAAUCAAUUAAUUUCUGUCUUGAACCUCAAGGUGGAGCAGUACGACACCAGCACCGACACAAAGUGGAUCACCAGGGCUGGAUAUAUCCGCACGAUGAAGGAGGUUCGAGGGAAAAAAUAACAGAGCUCCAGAGUUUAUAACAAGAACCGUUUGAGAAUGGAAAUAAAAGGAAGAUUUUACAUUGAAAAGCGGUAUUUUCUGAGCUUGCUGCUUUAGAUUAAAAAGACUUCUUUGAAAAAAAUAGACUGAUUUAAAUUUUUUUAAAAAUCAAAAACCAGUUUAUCAGCGAGAAUUAGUUCCAAUGACAUGAAAUGAAUGUGUUCGUAAAUCAAAUCGCAUCGAAAAUUGACAAAAAAAUUGGACUCACUCAUUCGAAACAAUAUUUUUUUAAAUCUAAUAUCGCUUUUUAUUAUCUAUACUUAUAUGAUUUUUCUUCGUCGUUCUUGUUAAGUGUUAUUAAUUGAAGAUAAUACGAGAGAAAACAGAUUUUAUCAUUUUGAGCUGGAAGAACGUCUGCAACAGUUCGAAGAACAGUCUUUGGAAGAAAACGCGAUCUGGGACCACGUCUACGACAACGAUGAAUGGUUUGUUCAUUAUUUUUGAUACUUAAAAAAAUUGUUUUUGAUUAUGAGUCACUAGGGUGAGAACAUGUUUUUCUCAAUCUUUUUCUUUAUUUUUGUUUCAGUUUCACAAUUGUCUUAAUAAUAUAUUAAUAAUAAAUUAUCUGUAUUUUUGAGGUUCAUGGAACGAACCGAUGAGGAGAAGGCGGCACUGAAGGCUCAUUAUGUACGAAAAUGUUUUUCUUUUUUUGAUUUUUUCAUGAUCUUUCUUUCCGAAUGUUUCGAUUUUACUUCGACACAAAAAUUUCUUUCCCCCUUUUUUAGUUCCAACUGCUUUACUUUCAAAAGAGGACUCUACAUUAAUUUAUUUUUUCAAGUUUCCAGAACAUCCUCGAUUCCAGCUUGCAUGCGAACCCGCGAAAAGCUCCUAUUCGUCUGAAUCCCGACAGGAAUUAUGAUCAAAUGAAACCAGGGUGAUUUUGAAAAUCCUUUAUUGUUCUUGGGAGAGAAAAUGUUAAGGUUCAUCGGCCCAGUGACACCAAAUGGAAAGAAAUACCCGGAUUUCAAGGGGCUGUUUUCGACGGCCAGGCUAUUUUUCGAGGUGAAAAUAACAAUAUUUUCAGAAAUUUUUUUGCAGGCUUGUAAACUCAAAAAUGAAUAAAUUUUCUAACUUUCAAACAACAGUUAAGGACUAGAAAUUUCAGAAUGAUAAUUUUGAUUUCUGAUUUUCCUUUUUUCUCCGUACUAUCAUAUUUCGUUCUAUUAAUAUUAUUUAAAUUUUUUUCAAAGUCUGGCCUGGCCCAAGCCACGCGUCCUUUUUAAAGUAAGGUCUAAAGCCCUACCUGAUGCACAAGCCUGUGCCAAGGCAUGGUUCCUAUGCGAGAAAGUUUGCGAUAGAGCGCAAAAGUCAGACUUACGUUCAAUUUUCCCGGGAUUCCGCAUCACACAACUGUUUUCCAGGAAGAAGACGAUCGCGUCUUCGAUUCGUUCCAUGAAGUGCGAGAUUGGAAGAAAUCUGACGAGGAGCUUUAUGAAUUGAAUCGAGCGGCCGACAGGAAUCCGGUAAUAAAAACUUAAUCAUUUUGAAUUAGCCAAAUAUACUUCUUUCAGAAAAAGGUCAAGAAGCACAAGCCUAGGGGGCGCAAAGCCCCGCCCCUUCACGCCACCAAAAUGACGAUUUUUUUGUUGCAAAAACGGUUUUGAGGCGUUUAUACUAGCUAAAGUCCCACUUUAAAAAUUAACUGUUUCUGUUAAUCUAUGUAAUCGACAACGCUCUACAAGACUGAAUAUUUUAAAAACUAUGUUUUUUUCAAAAAUAAGCGAAAAAGUAAGAUUUAACACGAAAAAAACUGACAAGUUUCAUAAAAUCAUCGCGUUUCAGAAAAGCAAGUGAGGAACGCUUCUAAAUUUUGAGUAUGUUAUAUAUUAACACUUUCUUUAUUUUUCGAGUAAAAAUUUUAAAAAAUCUAACGACGCGAAAAAAAAAUCGAAGCUUGUAAAGUGACACCAAACUUUGAAGCUGAAAUGCGAAAAAAUUUCAGCGACAAGGUAUACUUUUUUAUUUGAUUUAAAAAAACUCACAAUGUGUUCAAAAAAAUAAAAAAAUUCAGGAUGAAAAAUAAUUAUUGGGACAGCGAAUUAAAUUAUAUUUGAAUUUUACCAAAACCUCCUUUUUUUCGCCUGCCUCGUUGACGCAUGAGAGAAUAGGAUCGCGUCUAUACUUUUUCUUAUGUUAUUAAGCGUUCAAAAACUCUAUCAAUGAAAAAAAUUAUGAAAAAAAUCGAUCGACGCGAAAAAAAUAACGGCUUUGAAAAACCUCGAAAAAAAUGGCAAUUUUUUUGAAAUUUUUGGAAGAAUUCGUGCAAGCGUUCGUAGCUGUGUUUGCGUCAAACACACCGAUGCGCCAUUUUAAAUGUUGCAGGAGCCGUUUUUUUCGGAGUCAAAUUGCACUUUUUUUCCUGUUUUAUUUCGAAAUGACAUCAUUUUUUUCAUUUUUUUCUUUCUUCCAAACCGAAUGAUAAUAAUUUUUUUCUGAUUAGAAAAAGAGAAAAAAAUAAGCUGAAAAUUCCUUCUGACCUUUUUUUCUAAGUAGUUUUUUUGAUAUUUUAUCAAAAAAAUUCUUAUGAGAGUUAUACAAAAGAUUUAUACCAAAACGUUAAGCUCAGAUCUAACAACCUCUCAGAACAGAAAACCGCUUUUAAAAAAACGGUCCAGAAACGCGUAAAAACAUUUAAAAAGAAAGCGUGCGGCAGCGGGUAAACCGUGAGAUUUUGCCUCCAGUUGAACGCCGAGCGCGCUAGUUUUUUGGCCAUAACUUUUUUCUUAGUGGAGCUUUUUUCAAAAACUAAACGGAUUAUGAAAAUGGACAGUCUCCUCUAUCGAACAAUGUGAAAAACAUAUUUUUUGAAUCGUUCUGAAGAAAUGGCUUGCGGACCCUACACAAGCCACAACUGAAGGACGUCGGAGAGGGAACCGGGCCCAGGAAGCGCUUCAAAACCUACCUUCGUCAAUAA